AUGUUGCUCCCCUCCGCUAUCCCCUGCGAUGUGCGCCGGUCGUCUCGCUUUACUCCCAGUCGCCUCUUCUCAACACCUCCUCCCGACCGCGGGACCGCAGGCAACGGACUUCUCGGUACCUGCCGCGCUUUACAAUCCAUGCUGAAUGGAUCUCCGGCUCCUUCACCGCGACGAUCUGUGAAACCCCAACGUCUACAGAGCCCUCUCCCUAUUAACCCUCCGCGUCGUUCACCCCGAUCGCGUACGCGCAAAGUCGCGCGACCUGCUUCACCACAAUCCACACCUCCUCCGGCUGCUCUGGCUUCUACUCCUCCACCCCCACCAUGUGCGCCUCCGCGUGGCGCUAACAAGCGUCGCCGCGCGGAAGACGACGACAGCGACUCAGACAUGAGCCACGGGCGCAACCGUCUCUCUACCCCUAAACGCCGUCGGCAGGUGCCGUACAACCUGCCCCUCGGCCUCUCCUCAGCGGACUUCUAUUCCCUACACUCACCACCUAUCACACAAUCUCCUCCUUCUCCUGCUGCGCGACGUCAACUGGUGUCGCGGAUCCCUGACUCUGCACCUAUCAAUCCUGACGCUCCUCUUCCUUCGAUCGAGGUGUCAGACGAGACUACUCCAGGUCCUUCUGAAGAGUGGACGGCCGACGAGGACCAGCGGCUACUCGAAGUGGUCCUCGAGAAGUUUCGUCUCUCCCAGGAAGAAUGGAAUGAAUGCGCGCGCCGGGUAGGCUGCAGGAAUCCCGCAAACGCUGGGCGGCGAUGGAACUCCCUCGUUGGAGGGGGCCGCGUCAUUCUGCGUCGAUCACAAAAUUAA